CCCCUAGCUGUAAUAUGUGCUGACAGUUACAGACAGUGAGAAGCAGAAGUGAUCAAACUGCACUGAGGAAAGAUGUCUAUCAGGAACCUUGAAUUUAAGGAACUCGGGGAGGAGGAAUUAUUUGACAAUGAUGACUUAGACAGCGUGAAAGCUUUGACAGCCAAGCUGAAACUUCAGACUCGCAGACCGUCAUAUCUGGAGUGGAAAGCACAUGUUCAGAAUCAGUCCUGGCGAAACUCUGCGGGAACAGAGACAGUCAGUCUGGGUCUAGGACUGGAAAAGGAUGGAUCAGUGGAUUUUAAGGAGAAGAAUCAAAAUAAGGAGACCACCUUGAAAAAUAUCUGUGGGUUUGACAGCAUAGAUCAAGCCUUGGAGUGGUUAAGAAAAGAACUAAGAGAAAUGCAAGCUUUGGACCACCAGCUAGCCAGACAGCUGAUGAAGCUUCGGUAUGAGAUUCACAAAGUGAAGGUGGAGCAGGUCUGCCAUGAACACAAAGAGAUGCUGGACGAUGCUACCUUUGGACUGGAGGGCUGCGGUGAGGACUCUGAUUUGCUGUGUGACAUCCCACUGAAGGCGGCAUUCACACUGUCCAUGCCACUGAAGCACAUCGGUGUUACCAGGAUGAACAUCAACUCCCGCCGAUUCUCACUGUGCUAAUAUUGCUGUGGUUUCAGUGAGUGGACAUAUUGGGACUGAUGAACACUCCAAGCAGACCAACUUUUCUGAUCUUCCAAAAGACACCCCACAGCAGAACAUUAAAAAGUCAAAUGCUACACUGCCAAACAAUGUGAUUAAUUCACUACAGAGCUUGCUGUAGUAAUAUGGCAUAUCUUUUGCAUUUAAAUAACAUUUGCUGCUCAAGUCCUUACUAUGUCUAUUCCGAGCCUUUUUUGUCACUCUAAAUUUACUGUUUUUGAUCACAUCCUGUCUGCCAUUGCUUGCAUUACUGCAGUUGCACUUUCAGUAGAGAAUGCGUUUAUCACUUAUAGCAGUUGUUGACAUACCACAAUUGCACUUUUCAUUUGUGAAUGCCUGUACUACUUUUAGACUAAGCCUGUGUUUAUGAGAUGUUUGAUUGAAGAACUCUUUCUAUGUGAACCUACAAAGUGCAGAGAGAACUCAAAUGCUUGAAGAAACUAAUGACAGGUACAACAACCCAGAGAUUUAGAAACAUAUUUUAAAUCAUGCUGGAAAGUUAUUGUUUUUUUUUUUUUUUUUCAGAAAAGGCUGGAAUUUUAAGUCAGAGUUCUUUGAGCUCUUGUAGAUCAUUAUUGCAAAUAAGAAAUGGGCCUUUUAAAGAUGAUCUAACUAGUAACCAUUGAUCUGCAUGUAUGUAUAUAAUGCACCAUAUGCUAAAAUCUGUCCAUUUCUCUAAUGAAAGUCAUGUCUUAAAAAAGCCCAAGAUCCUGAAACUUGUUAAAUUCUACAAAGUGCUUGGUAAUACAGAAAGCCUUGAGUAGGUUUGGUUAAACAGCAUUCCCUUUGGCAGCCAAAAGUAGUCUUACAUAGGAUUUCACUAUGGUCAAUUAUUAACCAUCUCACUUUAAAAUCAUAGCUUUGAUCAUUUCCCUUAAAUCCUCAGAAGUUUCACUGACUAAGGGAUAGGUUUUUUUCAAAAGCUACAGGUUUUCAGAUGUCUAGUUUUACUAUAUCUUGUAUUAUUGUUUCUUUUUCAACAAGAGUGUAUAGUCUAUGAUAUACUGACAUUUCUUUCAUGAUUGCUUUCUCUGCCUUCUUCACAAUAAGUGUUAGAUCAAUGUUGUCUCCCCUACAACCCUCAGUUGGAUAAAGCAGGUGCCAGAGAAUGACUAAAUAAAUCAGUGUAUGAAUAAAACUUGCAAUCUUUAAA